GAGCCCGACGGCGCUCUGCAUUCUGGGAGUUGUAGUCCACAGRCCCUCUUUGUGCCGCUCUCGCUGUGGCGUAGAGGACUACAUUUCCCAGAGCCCCGUGCGCGGGAUGGCGGCGGCCGGUGGCGCUGAGGAGUCGUGAGACCCGACUCCGGCUCCAGCUCUGACACCGGCACCAGGACCAGGAGCAGGAUGUAUACGCUGCUGUCAGGGCUCUAUAAAUACAUGUUCCAGAGGGAUGAGUACUGUGUCCUGAUCCUGGGUUUGGACAAUGCUGGUAAAACUACAUUUCUUGAACAAACUAAAACCCGAUUUAAYAAGAACUACAAAGGGAUGAGUUUGUCCAAAAUCACAACCACUGUAGGCUUAAACAUUGGAACUAUUGAUGUUGGCAAAACUCGGCUGAUGUUCUGGGAUCUUGGUGGGCAGGAGGAACUGCAGUCACUUUGGGACAAGUACUAUGCUGAAUCUCACGGGGUGAUUUAUGUUAUUGACUCCACUGAUGAGGAGAGGCUCUCCGAGUCCAAAAGAGCUUUUGAGAAGAUGAUUACCAGUGAAGCUCUGGAAGGGGUACCCAUUCUGGUGUUGGCCAACAAGCAGGAUGUAGAGACUUGUCUGUCAAUACCUGACAUCAAGACAGCAUUUAGUGACUGCAUUAACAAAAUUGGGAAGAGAGAYUGCCUGACACAAGCCUGCUCGGCCCUUACUGGCAAAGGGGUGAACGAAGGAAUUGAAUGGAUGGUGAAGUGCGUGGUGAGGAACAUCCACCGCCCCCCAAGAAAGAAGGACAUCACGUAGGAGUUGUGAGCAAGCCAAAGAAUGGACCUUCUCUUUCCACACACUUUUGUGUUCCCUUUAAAGAAGGUGAUCCACUGGAUUCCUAUUACACCUGAUUCUUUCCUAAGUUUGGAGACAAAUACUCUCUUUCUGUGUCUAAAAAAACCUGAGCCAAGGAUUCCAACUGGGUGGGGGGUGGGAAUCUCUUACAUUAAGUAUUAAGUCAUUGGCCUGAGAGCAUCCUAUGUAGCAACCUACACAUCGUUGCAGAUGCAAAGGACUUAAUUUUCUAUCUUACUUUGUGAUUCCUGGUUUGUUAGUCUAACAGGCUGGAGGCCGGUGACAUGAAGGAGCUGCUGAAGGAAAUGUGUAGGUGAAUGUGGAAAGGGAGGAACAGCCUAGGGGAAUGGUUGUYCCUCCUAACUGAGAAGAUCCCUUGCUGCUCCAGCCCCGUGUUACUCCAGGGUGUUAAUGGCCCUGUUAUGCUGCUGUUGGUGUASUGGGGAGACACAGUGGUGAUUAGAACUUGAUUUUCAGUCGGGGUGUUGCUUUGUAACUUUGACCUGUGGUAAACGCAGACGUGGAAACCAGCAACUGCACAGUUUGAAUCAUGGAAUCAUUAAGGUUGGAAAAAACCUUGAAGAUCAUCAAAUCUAACUGCACAGUUGUAUGCUGGUUGAAAUGGAUAUUCCUACCAGGACAUGGAUUCCCAAAGCACUGCCUUGCUCUGACUGCCAGUCUCUUUGUGUAUUCUCUUUAAUCUGAAGAGUAAUUGGGAUCUUCUGUAACUGGAGUGAAUCRAGGGCCUCUCUGUGAUCUUUCUGAGCUGAAAACAACCUCUAGACAGGGAGAAAUCAGUAUGCAAUAAAGCUUCCUACUCUUUGAACUUCUCUGGCUGAAACAAGUGAUAUUUGGGAAUAACAGUACUUAGCCCUCUAGUUUUCUGUAAAGUAAGAAAACAGAAAGGCAGCACUCAAAAGUCAAACUUCUGUUCAGUGCUUACAU